AUGGGACCAAGCAAACCAGCUAUGUCUGAUGCGGCAUUUGUGUUCACUAGCCAGCUAUGCAGGAACGAGGCAAAGGCUUUACAAACACAGCUCCAAUUUAAUAGAAAUGUUCCUGCAGAUCCAGAGAAUUUGGCUCUCAGAUUCUCUAACCCCUGUCCAAUUAUAAUAGAAAAACUGAAGGCAUCCAAUGAUCAGAGAAAUGUAGCUGGAAGUGAGUUCCCCGGCAUAAGAAGCUCUGGCAUGUUUUCAGUGAUAUCUGAAGAGAGACUAAAAUUGGCUAUUCAGCUAGCCAAAAGGGACAUAAAACGAAGACAUCUCGAAGAGCAAGUGAAACAGCAAGUGUUUGAAGAUGCUGUCAAUAAACCAUUGUUGUCCCAGAAGUCACAGCAGCAGAAGACUGAAGUAUUUCCAAGUCUAGAAAAUAAAAAUGCACUGAAGUCUCAACCUCGCAUCAAAUACCAGCAGAAAGUCAGUCAGCCUUCCAAAGUGGAGACUACCACCUCUGGUGCUAAAGUUUAUCUCUACACACCAAAUGGGGGAAAGCUAAUACCAGCUGGUUUGGACUCCCCACCAACCCAUGACACAGGACCGGACCCCAAGCCAAAUGUAAACAAAAAAGAAGAUAAAAAUAUUCAGGAAGUCAGACGGCUGCAAAAGGAAUUGAGGAGCUGUGUCCAGAAAAUUGAAGAACUUACCAAAAAAGGGGGAGAGAGAGUAAUUUUAGAUCCUGACAAAGAACAAGAAGUUUGCGCCAGGAGACAGAAACAAGCUGCGCGGUCAGCUCGGAUGCUGUAUGUGCUCCAGCAGCAGGUAAAAGAAAUUCAAGAUGAUUUAGAGAAGCUGAGUCCUCAUAAGAUCAAACAUACUAAAAAGUCUCGAGCAGUAUCCAGAUUGGCGGCAGCACACAGAGGAGCUGUACGAGCCUUGCAGGCAUUUGCCAGUCAGUUUACAGAUCAAACAAAGCAGCAGAUUCCUACCCACUACAAGGAACUGGGCAGUCUCAUUCGACAGCUGUCUCUUUGUUCCGCCAAACUAGAAGUGGAUUCUUCUGUUUCUGAUGCUAUUAUAGAUAUUUUGCUGCAAGUUGAGGAUCUGAAUUCACUGCUUGAAAAGAAACAAACACCCAAAAAAGUGAAGAAGUGUAUUUCAGCAUGUCAGGGUAAAUCUCCAAGGAAUACUGAGCAGCUUACAUCCCCAAAAGGAGAAAACAAGCCUCUCAUUUUAAACGGGCAGCAUGGACAAGAACCUAGAAAACCUCCAGCUGCCAGGAGUCUCUUGACUGCAGUUCAGAAGGCAAACAGUUGUGCUCAUAUAUUGCACAAUAAAUUCCGAGAAGAAAAUGAUCCAGAGAGAAAUGCCACUUUACAAGAAAGCAUAGACGCAUUGGUGAGAGCUAGAGCUGUGAAAAGAGAUCCCAUCCUUGAAAGUGGCCCUUUGAAGAAGAGAGAUGUGUUAUUGCCUGCAAAACCACAG